GAGCUGCCGCUGUCGCUCGUUCCUCGGUGGCGGAUCAGCGGCAGGCGGGUGCGUGCGCGAGGGAGCGAGCACCGCGCGGGCGGGCGGCUGGGUCUCCAUGGUGAGCGUGGGGGGCGGCUGCCGCCGGCGGAGAGUCUGAGCCUCCCCUCCCCGCGGUGCCAUGUCCCGGGGGUGCUGCCCUCACCUGCUGUGGGACGUGCGGAAGCGGAGCCUGGGGCUGGAGGAGCCCGGUCUGCUGCGGAGACACUACCUAGGAAGAAGAGAAUUUAUCCAAAGAUUAAAACUUGAAGCAACACUGAAUGUGCAUGAUGGCUGUGUGAAUACAAUUUGCUGGAAUGAUACAGGAGAAUAUAUUUUGUCAGGUUCAGAUGACACCAACCUGGUAAUUAGCAAUCCCUACAGCAGAAAGGUUUUAACCACCAUUCGCUCAGGACACAGGGCAAAUAUUUUUAGUGCAAAAUUCUUACCAUGCACCAAUGACAAGCAGAUUGUGUCCUGUUCUGGAGAUGGAGUAAUUUUUUAUACUAAUGUUGAGCAAGAUGCUGAGACCAACAGACAAUGCCAAUUUACGUGCCACUAUGGAACUACCUAUGAGAUCAUGACAGUACCAAAUGAUCCCUAUACUUUCCUCUCUUGCGGUGAGGACGGAACUGUAAGAUGGUUUGAUACUCGCAUCAAAACAAGUUGCACAAAAGAAGAUUGUAAAGAUGAUAUUUUAAUAAACUGCCGACGUGCUGCCACCUCUGUAGCGAUCUGUCCUCCAAUACCAUAUUAUCUUGCUGUGGGCUGUUCUGAUAGCUCAGUAAGAAUAUAUGACCGGCGAAUGCUUGGCACAAGAGCAACAGGUAAUUAUGCUGGUCGGGGCACUACAGGAAUGGUUGCACGUUUUGUUCCUCCCCACCUCAAUAACAAAUCCUGCCGGGUAACAUCUCUGUGCUACAGUGAAGAUGGGCAGGAGAUCCUUGUUAGCUAUUCUUCAGAUUACAUAUACUUGUUUGACCCUAAGGAUGACACAGCACGAGAACUUAAAGUUCCUUCUGCAGAAGAGAGAAGAGAAGAGUUACGGCAACCUCCUGUUAAACGUUUGAGACUAAGAGGGGAUUGGUCAGAUACAGGACCAAGAGCAAGGCCUGAGAGUGAACGAGAGAGAGAUGGGGAGCAAAGUCCUAAUGUCUCACUGAUGCAGCGGAUGUCAGACAUGCUAUCAAGAUGGUUUGAAGAAGCUAGUGAAGUUGCGCAGAGCAACCGAGGACGAGGAAGAUCUCGGUCUAGAGGUGGACCCAGUCGACCAGAUGCCUCCAUUACUAGCAACAUACCACCAAGUGCUGAAUCAGAGACUGCAAUGGAAGUGGAUGGUCCUGAACAGAUUCCAUCCUCUUCAUCCUCUACAAUGUCAGCACAAGCUCCCUCAACAUCUUCCUCAAUAGAAACCCCCCCUUCCACAUCCUUACUAUCCUCACCUGACAAUGAACAAAGACCAUCUUUGGAGGCCUCUACUCAUCCUACACUCCAUCAAUCUGAAUUUUUGGCACCUGAGUUAGCUAUACUCCGUAGGGGCCUGCAGCGACUGAGGCUUAAGAAGGCUGAACAACAGAGACAGCGAGAGCUAGCUGAGGGUUCAGCACCACAGUCCUCCACCUCUGAUCAGUCUUCCCCUAAGGGCUCCUCACAGGACCCUCAGACUUCAGAUUCUCCUUCCUCUGUGGUUAACAAACAGCUCGGAUCCGUGUCACUUGAUGAGCAACAGGACAGUGAAAAGCAGAGUCCACGAGCAGGAACAGGUGAACCAGUUUUAAGUUUGCACUACAGUACAGAAGGAACUACUACAAGCACGAUAAAAUUGGACUUCACGGAUGAGUGGAGCAGCACAACUUCAAGUUCUAGAGGGAGUGGAAGUCUCUGCAAACCUGAAGGCCAGGAAGAAGCUCUAAGAACACACAGCUCAGAACAGAAAACACCAGAAAAUGAGGAAACAAGAGUCCGUAAAGAAUUGCACGAGGAAGUUACAAGUGCUGAAGAGUUGAAAACUAUAGAUGAAGCUGUAGAGAGAACAGAAACAGCGAAUAUUUCUGAGCAUCCUGGAACCAGCACAGAAGGAGAAAGUGAUCCCAAUCUUGACAGCAUCUGUAGGAACCCAGAGGAAGGACCUUCAAGUGAAAAAAGCAAAGAACAAGAGAGUUCAAGUCAAAGUACAGAGUCUACUGCCAACCCAGUUAAUACAAACCAUGAACUUCAACCGCAGCCAGACUCUUCAGGGCUUGCAAGUCAUGAAGAAUCAUCCACCAGAAGCACUGCUUUCCAAGAAACUGAUGAUAGUGAUGAUGACCCUGUCCUAAUACCUGGUGCAAGGUAUCGAGGAGGACCAGGACAUAGACGAUCUGCUGUUGCUCGCAUUCAGGAACUCUUCAGAAGAAGAAAAGAAAGGAAAGAGAUGGAAGAAUUGGAAACCCUGAAUAUUAGACGACCUUUAAUAAAGAUGGUGUAUAAGGGUCAUCGGAACUCCAGGACAAUGAUAAAGGAAGCCAAUUUCUGGGGCUCUAACUUUGUAAUGAGUGGUUCAGAUUGUGGCCAUAUCUUUAUCUGGGAUCGGCAUACUGCUGAGCAUCUGAUGCUGCUGGAAGCUGAUAAUCACGUGGUGAAUUGUCUCCAGCCACAUCCAUUUGACCCAAUUCUUGCCUCGUCAGGUAUUGAUUACGAUAUAAAAAUCUGGUCACCGCUAGAAGAGUCCAGGAUUUUUAACCGAAAACUUGCUGAUGAAGUUAUAACUCGUAAUGAAUUAAUGCUGGAAGAGACCAGAAACACAAUUACUGUUCCAGCUUCUUUCAUGUUACGAAUGCUGGCAUCGUUGAAUCAUAUAAGAGCAGAUCGGUUGGAGGGUGACAGGUCAGAAGGGUCUGGUCAAGAGAAUGAAAAUGAAGACGAAGCGUAAUUGGCUCUUCUAUGCGAGCACCUAGACGUUACGGAAUUUAUAUAAGACAUUAAUUAUAUUUUUCCUUACAGAGCUUUAGUGCAAUUUUAAGGUUUUGCUUUUGGAUAACCCAACAUUUUGUUUCUGAACGACUGUGUGCAUGACUUUGGGAGAGUGUGCAAGUAAAAUAAGCAAAAAUGUUUUUAAAACGUUUUGCCAUGUCUGAGGGGUGCUAGAAGAUGCAAAGUGCAAUAUUUUCCUUAACCUGCAAACGUGGGAGCUUGGAUCAAUGUUUAAAAAUAACUUUCAUUAGAGCAAAAACAUUGGUUCAAAUAAAUUUCUAUACUUGCUAUUUGCAUGUUUGUUGCUUUCUAAUUAAAAGAUUUGGUUGUUUUAAA